AUGACACAGAGCCGGGAUUGUUACCGAGGUGCAGGUGCAGCUGCAGGUGCUCGACGAGCGUCUGGCAAUGCGAGACAAAGUGAAGACGCAGAAGGGAAGAUGUCAAAUCACGUGAGGAGAACAGAGGUGAACUCCUUGGACCUCAACAACUUCCCGGAGGAACAUGGGAAGGAAGCGUUUGACGGAAGCUCCCCUUCCACGGCCAUCGACAGGAUUAAGAAGAAGAAGAAUGGAGGAAAAGAUGAGUCUUAUAAGGUAUACGAGUGCCGGUUUUGCUCGCUCAAGUUCUGCAAAUCUCAAGCAUUGGGUGGCCAUAUGAACCGGCAUCGACAAGAGAGGGAAGUCGAAACGCUGAAUCGUGCUCGCCAACUCGUGUUCAGCAAUGAAGGUCCGGUCGCCGCCGCUGCCGCCGUUCACAUGGGCUUGAGCGAUGCUAGUUAUGGAGUCUCGCAGACUAUACCUCUGGGAGAUUUCCAGCACGGAGGCGACAGUAUCUGCGAGCAAUUUCUACCAGUUUUCCACAUUCCACCAACACAAUCGCCACAACCACCGCCGUUUUGUUCAUGCAUUGGCCCUUCCAUCUCGUCACACUCAGACCCCUACAUCCGAGACUACGAUAAUGGGCGUGUCCCAACAGCGAGGUGGCGCCACCAGCAUUAUGUCUCAGCGACUGCCAACUUCACGUGCUUCGGAGUUCCUCUGGCGAACACAUCGCAAAUGGAUGGAGUGGUAGCACAAGUUGUCAGGGACAACAUGAGGGGCCACUGGUAA